UUUGAGCCAAUCAUUUUUUCCUCAUUCAUCUUUCCAAAGGUGGUGAAUUGCUUUGUUGUUCCUCAUUUGGACGUUUGGUAACUGAAUGUAAAAAACCCAGAGUUUGGUUUAACAUGCGAGUAGCUGUUACGAUAUUCUUAAGCAAUCUCUCUGCUCAUUACAAAAAGGAUUAUUAUUAUUGUCUUGCAUGCAUUGUUUCUUUAUUAUUGAGUCUGUUAAUUGCAUGUUGUAUGGUGUCCCUCAGGGACUCCAAGGUGUAUACUACAGUAUACUGCACACUAAAUGAAUCGUUACUGUUAUUAUUUAUUACUAAUAGUAGUAGUCGUCGUCGUCAUAGUAGUAAUAGUAGUACACAACCAUGCGAUUGGAAAGUCAGAUAAACAUCCUAAAAUUCAGGCACAAAACACCCCUUGGCUGAGAAAAUGUAAACUGUAAUAUAGACAAAUGUACAUACUUUGGAAAAAUGUGAAGUCCUAGAUCCUCUUGUGUACUGUUCUCAAGUAUGUCAGCACACACUCAAAUGCAGCCUCAGCAUGCAGAUUGUCCUAGUUUUUGAAAUACAGUACUAUAGCUUUGUGUCUUCUCAGUUGUCUCCAUUCCUCCAUUAUACUGUGUAUAUAUAUGUGUGUGUGUGUGUGUGUGUGUGUGUGCGUGUGGGUUUUUUCCAGGCGCUCCGGUUUCCUCCCACAUCCCCAAAAACAUGCAACAUUAAUUGGACACUCUAAAUUGCCCCAAGGUGGGAUUAUGAGUGCGGUUUGUCUCGAUGUGGCCUGCGAUUGGCUGGCAACCAGUUCAGGGUGUACCCUGCUUCCUGCCCGUUGACAGCUGGGAUAGGCUCAAGCACUCCCUGCGACCCUUAUGAGGAUACAGGUGCUGGCAUGUGCCUGGAGCACGACGAGAAGCUGAAACUGUAUUGUGUGACUGACCAGCAGCUGAUUUGCAUCAUAUGUCGAGAUUGCGAACGGCAUGAAGGACAUACAUUCAAACCCAUUAAAGAAGCAGCCGCAUCUUUGAAGAACAAGUUGGAGGAAGGAAUGAGCAAAUUUCCUGGAGAAAUAAGAGAUUUGGAGAGGUUGGUAAAUGCUCAGAGGGAGAAGAUAAAUGGGACUAAGUUGAGGUCUUGUCAACUGCUGAGUCAAAUCAGCGCGCAGUUUAAAGAGUUGCACCAGUUUUUGCAAAAGAGAGAGAUGGAGCUGAAGACUGAAGUGAAACAGCAAGAGUCCAGUGAUGUGGGGCGAAUGACCGAAAUGCUGAUCCUGAUGGAGUUAGAGCUGUCCCAGACUAGAGAGAAGCAGGCUCAAGCAGCCUCGGUUCUGGAAAUUUCCAACCCCGAGAAGUUUUUGAAGGACUGGGUUGAAUGUAACUCCGUAAUAUUUGAAAAACCAUUCCAACUGGGAGCGAAGGAUUGCAAAGUGGUGGAAAGCUCUCUUUACUUGGGACCUUAUGAGAGUCACCUAAAUUUUUUUGUUUGGAAAGAGAUGCUUCAGGUGAUAAAUCCUCGAGAAGAAAAACUUAGGCUAAAAAGUGAUAAUCUUGGUCUCAAUGUGUCUAGUGAUGGACGCAGUCUGCUCCAUGGAUCCAACAUUCAAACUCUACUUCAAAAAAGAUGCGUUUACCGGUCAGAUUCCUACAAUCAAAUCUCAGGCUUGGGCUGGGCACAAUUAACCAAUCAUCCCAAUUCUUUCUAUCACGCACUUUGCAGCAGCGUGAACCAGUUCACGCCGGGGCAGCACUACUGGGAAAUAGAGGUUGGCCAAAUUGGCCAAACUGGCUUUUGGGAAGUGGGAGUACAAGGUCAUGUUAUCAAAUAUAAUGAUGGAAAUCUUUCCAUCCAGUGUCCAAACGGUGUAACUCCAUUAAAUCUCCAAAAUAUACCACAAAAGAUCGGGAUUUAUCUGGACAGCUCGUCUCACAAGCUCGCUUUCUACAAUGCGACCAACAUGACACACAUUCACACGGUCAGCAGCAAGACGUUAGUAUCCUCAAUGUCAGCUUUCCUAAAUAUACAAUACAAAAACACAAAUAUCAUUCCUUUUACAGUCUCUUGGUACUAGUUGCACUAGUUACUCCGCUUCACUCGAACAGCAGCAUGGAAACAGGAGCUCAUCACUUUCAGAUAUUCCUUCACAAUAAGAACUUUUGAAAAGCAAUUUCAUUAUAUGAAUGUUGAUUUUUUUUUUUUUUUUUUUUUUCCCUCAAGGUGAAUCAUGAGUUUUUUUUUUUUCUUUUUUUUUUUUAACAAGUAUUCUUUGUUGUCUUUGUACUGUGUAAAUGUUUCUGGAAAAAAAAAGACCCCCACCUACACAAUUAAUACCUUCAUUUUCCACCAGAACAGUACUUAGGGUGUAUUUCUGCUUCAUUUGAGUUUUAUCUUCAAUACAUUUUCAAUUUUUGCGUACGCCUACAGUAUAUGAUGGCGUGGUGUGGUGUCACCACAAGAAGGCAGUGUUGUUCAGGUCUUACCGCCGUGAUCAAGUGUCUGACCACUGAAUCGCCUUUCAGGUAUAGAAUUAAAAAUAUGUUUCCCCUGAACGUUUCUAUAUAUGUCAAUAUUUUGUCUUUGUGCGGGAAUUUGUGUUCUUGGGAAUUCCCCCUCUACAAGAAUUGAAUAUAGCAUUUCGUUAGGUUAAUAUGAUGAUUUUGUCUGAAUACACAAUAAAACGUGUUGUACAAUAUUUUUUUUAA